ACCAUGUGCAGAUCGAGCAACAUGGCUGUAGGCUUACCUUGGUUUUUCUUCUGUCUCUUUGCUCUACAUGGGGCACUUGGAUAUUCCAAAACAAAUUUAGAAGAAAAGAUUGAGAAUUUGGAAAAGAAACUGGAACUCAUGUAUGACAUUGUGACCGAAAUAACGUCAGAAAAUGGGAAUCUUAAAACCAGAUUAAAGGCUCUUGAGGAUUUGGUGACCGACGGAAAACAUUUCGAAAACCGCCAACGUGAACCUUUUAGAGAGUCUGGGAAUCCAAAUGCUGCGCAAAUGACAUUUCCACUUAAAACCAACAGUUCGAAUAACCAAAGUGACAAGAAUAUAGAUGAACGAAAAGUCACUGAAUCUGAUAUCAAGAAUAACAUUUCUUUGGAAAGAAAACGAAAAGGUAAAACGACUAUAUUGCCAUCCACAUCCACACCAUCAGGAGUGAUCGCUUUCCAUGCUUAUCUCUCAAAAGACAGUAGUGGUCCUCUUGGAGCCCAUCACAUUCUCCAGUUUGACGUUGUUCCAUUAAAUCGAGGCAACGGUUACAACGUUUUUGACGGAAUAUUUAUAGUUCCUGCCAAAGGGACAUACGUAUUCACGUGGUCCUUCAUGUCUGAGGGUCAUGGUAGUGUCGACACACAGUUGAUGAAAAAUGCUGAUAUCAUCGGUACUAGAUUUGCCGACUCAACAAGUUCAACAGAAUGGGACUUUGCCACGGGGACUGUAGUUACUGAAGUUAAUCAAGGUGACCACGUGUAUGUUCGUCUAGGGCUAGAGUCUACUCGUAGAGUGCGAAGUAUUCCAGAAAGUAGAACUACCUUUUCUGGUUGGCUUUUAUCUUAACUAUGGAAUAAAUGAAAGAUACUGUGGUAGUUGUAGUUGUUACUGA